CCAUGAAAUUUGUUCUAACGGGAAAAUUCUUGUGCUGAAUAACAUUUUGUGGAGUAUAAAUAUGUCUCUCACCUUUUUUUAUUUUUACUUUUACCAAAAAUACCAUUAUUCACAAUUGAACAUAACAAAUUCACGUAAAGUAAGUGAAUCAUCCAUUACUAACCCCUCGGUGACGUUCUCAUCAGCUGGAAAACGUCCAAGAUGGCCGCCGCGUCGGUCGCGGGGCUCGAAGCCCACAACAUGGACGAGAGAAAAUUUCAAUACUUCUCAUCCAUUAACUCCAUGGCCAAAAAGAUUAUGCAAGAACGUGAGAAAAUCAAACACAAGCACGGGUCGACGUGGGAGAAAAUGUCGCCACAGGAGCAGGACAACGCCAUCGACAACUGGAUGAUGGACCCUCACAUCCGAGCUCGAUACGCGAUGCACCGGGUGGACCGAGAGGAGGUGGUCUGCUACCCCAAGCUUCUCAUCCAGACCGGUCAGAAGAUUGUCCAUUUCGGGGAAGAGGAUAUAACAUGGCAAGAUGAGCAUUCGGCCCCCUUUUCAUGGGAAACCAAGAGCCAGUUGGAAUUCAGCUUGACACCCAGCUCUGACCAUGGCGUGUCCAUCUCUCAAGGGGACCCCAAACCUGCAAAGACCCCUCACUCCAAUCAGUUUGGCAAGAGUGCAACUGGAGCCAAGGUGUCGGUGACUGAGAGCAGACGUCCAGAGGAAGAGUCUGCUUUCUGGAAGAUCAGUGCGGAGCGAUCGCGGCUGGAGGGUGAGCAAGCCGACUUCCAGUCACUGACACCCAGUCAAAUCAAGUCCUUAGAGAAAGGAGAAAAGCCGCUGCCCUCGUACCUGCGCCAGGAGACAUCUUUCCCCGCCAAAGAGCCAGAGCUCGAGCCCCAUCCUGUCGUGGCGUCCAGGCCGGCCAAGCAACGAGCGCCCAAGCCGCCGGCGCCACAGCCGCCUAUCGCAAAAUCCCCCGCCGCUUCAAUUUCCAUUUCGCCAAAUCCCGUCCCUCCUCUCAGUGUCUCGUCAUCGGUGGCGGGCUGGGAGCGGUCGCAGAGCACCCUCCCGGUUGUCAGCUACACCGUGGACGAGGUUUUCCCCAACCCCAGCCCCCUUGCCAAAAGCCCCACAGUCCCUAGCAACAAGGAAAAAGAGGAGGACGCCUCUCCUGCUAGUCCUGCUUUUUCACAGUUGAACAGCAGUAACAGCAUCCUGAAGACAGGGUUUGACUUCUUGGACAACUGGUAACAGUGUAAAGGAAGGUGGUCAUUGGAUGACAUCAUCACCACUUCACCAAUGACAUUCCGUCGUUCAAUCAUGUGCCCCGAUGUACUUUGUUUUUGAACGCUUCUCGCCAAACACUGCCUGUCCUCUAGACACCUUCACCGGACCUGUCCUACGGUAAUUGCAUUCGUGUCCAUUAACAUGAUUGGUGUCAAUAAGACACCUUACUAUUAAGGAGCUUUUCUCUUGAAGUGCAAAGUCUUUAAAAAAACAACAACAUGGCAACAACUUCAAUGUGCUCAAUUUAGUAUUUGUUUAGUCAGGAAAUUAGCAAAACAAUUGCUUCUAGUGCAUGCCAUGAAGACUUGUUGAUGUUGUUUGUUAGCCAGAUGCUAACUGCCUUUGCUAAUCUAAUAAAAACCAGUUAAUUUCUCAUGGGGAAAUAUGGUAAAUUAUAUAUUUUGUUUCAACUUUAGGGCCAGCGUUUUAGAUACAGUUAAGCAAACGUGUAUUCUUACAAACAACCUAAAAAAGGCCAGUGGCUUUUAUUCGUAUUUUUAGCACUCAUUUAAACGUGAAAUGAAUCGUCGUUGAAUGAGUGUAUAUCAGGUACUUUUGUAGCUUUCUCACAGAAGUUAGCAUCGCGUCGCAUGCUCAUAAGCUCCUUUUUGUAUGCGCUUUGAGUGAUACACGACAUCUUUGUAAAGGCGUCCUAAAUGCCACUAGAGAACUAUUUUACUGAUAUGAUAUUAAUGCACUGCUUUAUAGGACUACCAUGCAUGUGUGCUCGCCUUGUAUUCAAUUAUUUUGAAGUCACACAUUACAAUAAAGUAAGGAAAGUGAGAAAAAGACUAUUUUUGAGUUGGAAAUUAAAAUCUUUCAACGAGAUUUUUUUUUUUUUAAAAACAAUAUUGAAAGGAACUCUGGGUGUAUGAAAACACAAUUUUUUAAUCCUUAAUAAUUGUUUUAAGUCUCUGGUUUCAGCAAAACUGCAGUCUACCAUAUCUGAACAUGUCCUCCAUUUUUAGUUUCAGUUUAAAAUGAUUCUCUAUGAGACCCAUUUUCAAAAAAAUUCGUUACCAAGCCCUGGAGUGAUGUUUACAUGUAAAACAAACAGCAAAAACAACACUGGUGUCGUUUUUAGUUCAAAAUGUUUCGCAUAAACAUUCCUUUAAGGCAUCAAAUGGUUGAAUCUUGCCCAAAUAGAGCAGUUUGAAUGAUGAGUGGAAAACUCGCUUCUCACAGAUUGAAACAAUGACUUGAGAAUAAUAUAAAAAAACACACAAUGUCCAUGUUUUAUGCCUCUACUUUUGAAAACAAAACUCAUUGCUUUCCUUUGCCUGUUCAGAUAAACAUCUGUUUCAUCUUUGUCAGCUAUUUUCAGACGUCUCGUCAUCAGUUAUUUCUGUUUCAACUCUUUGAUUUACUCACAUAAAUGAGAGCAUAUGAAACAUCU